AUGUCUGUUGACCUGCCCGCUCACCUCAUGCCUCGAUGUGUCGUUGUAUUUGAAAGUGGCAAACCAAAGGAGGACAGAAUGACCCUUGCCAAUUUUAUAACGGGUGUUGCCUGGAUGCUUCUGGCAUGCCCCGUAGAAGCCAGGCUCCCAACUUCAGGAAGACAUUCUAUCGAACUCACACAGAAAGAUGCUCUGUUCGGUUACGAAGAGUCGUAUCUGAGCGAGCAAGAUGCGUACAACCUUUUUUCAGGGCAUGACACACCCGUUCUGAGCAGCGGCGAGUGCAGAACCUUUCCCGACGACCAAGGUUGGCCGGCACAAAGCGAAUGGGCAGCCUUUGAUGAUGUGCUCGGCGGUGCGCUCAUACAAACGAUCCCCUUGGCCGCGCCUUGCUACCAAGACUGGGGCGUCUACGACGAGCAGACGUGCGAUGCUAUAACCACAAACUUUUCGGACCCCUAUUUCCAUGAAGCUGAUCCAACAUCAAUGAUGUGGCCCAUUUGGCAAGGGAGGACUUGUCUCCCAUCCCAAGAAGUCAAUAAUACAUGUACCUUGGGAGCGUACCCAGCAUAUGCCGUCAAUAUCAGUAGUGUAGACCAGAUUCAGCAAGCCAUAGCCUUUGCUAGGACUCACAAUCUUCGACUGGUCAUAAAAAAUACUGGUCAUUGUUACCUUGGAAAGUCGGGUGGAGCUGGCGCGCUGAGUGUCUGGACGCACAAUUUAAAAGACAUUGAACUCGUGUCCGAGUACUCGAGCACAGCAUAUACCGGACCGGCACUCAAAGUGGGUGCCGGGGUUACGGUUCGGGAGGUAUACACGGCUGCUUAUAACCAUGGUUAUGUCGUCCCUGGCGGCAUCUGUGAGAGUGUGGGAUAUGCGGGAGGUUAUGUGGCUGGCGGUGGCCAUACACCACUAUCUGGACUCUACGGCAUGGGAACAGAUUCAGUGUUGGAAUUCCAUGUUGUGACUGCCAAUGGUACAUUCAUCACUGCGAACGAGUCGUCCAAUCCAGAUCUCUUUUGGGCUCUGCGGGGUGGAGGCGGAAGCACUUUUGGUAUCGUGACUUCGGUCAUUGUGAGGGCUCACCCAAGGGUGAAUAUCGUCACCUCAUCCUUUAGCUUCAGUACCAGCGCCAAUGUCAGCAAUGAGACCUUCUGGCUGGGCAUCCGGGCAUUCUUUGAGGACUUUAUCCCCUACACAGAUGCAGGCACAUAUUCCUGGUGGUCCAUCACGUCCAGCAACGGCACCACCCAACUGUCAAUGAAUCCAUUCUUUGCACCUAAUCAUACCAUUGAGUCCUUCAACCAGCUCGUACAGCCAUGGUUCGACCGUCUGACUGAACUCGGCAUCCCUUUUACGCCAAAUACGACACGCUACGAAGACUUUCUCCCUGCGUACAAUGACAACUUCGGCAUCAAGCGCGACGCCAACGACGCCCUGGCCACAAAGGACAGCGUCGGCAGCGUCGUCAGCAUGCCGGGCAACUGGCUCUUCCCGCGUGGCAACUGGGAGGACGCGGCCAAGUUCAACGCGACCUGGGACGCCGUCCAGGCCCACGGCGAGGCCGGCCUGCGCAUCUUUGGCUACCACCAGGCGCCCCGCAACCGCCUGGGCGUCGACAAUGCCGUCAGCUCGGCGUGGCGCGAGACCAUUGCCUUUUUGAUCACGGGCGCCUCGGUGCCCCCCGGCGCCGGCCCCGAGGAGCUGCAUCAGGCCCACGAAGAGAUCAAUGCCAUGCUCGAGCCCUGGAGGCAGGUGGCGCCCACGAGUGCGGGUGGCGGGUCGUACCUCAACGAGGCUCACGUCAUGGAGCCUAACUGGCAGGUGGCUUUCUACGGUGAGCAGUAUCCAGAGCUGCUUCGGCUGAAGCGGAAAUGGGACCCGAGUGACGUCUUUUACGCCACGACGGGCGUCGGGAGCGAGGAUUGGGAGGUCAGGACAAAGGCUCAGGGCGUGCAGACGCAGAACGGGAGGCUCUGUCGUUUGUAA